AUGUUGGAUAUGUCAUUGACGCCCUAUACCACGGAGCCAGUACCGCACUUUUUUGUAUCUGAUCACAUUCACAUUAAAAAGAUACAAGCAUGUAUAUGGAAAUUAAGCGAGCAGUACUUCCCCGUACAGCCAGGAAAUAGCAGAAUAGAAGAGAUGCCAACAACAGGGACAAUUGAGGAGUUUCGCAGGGACUUUGAAACAGCUUUGGCUCGAGAACAGAACUUCCAGGCUCCCGGGAACAUCUCAGUUACAAUAAAGGAGCUCUGGUGUCGAGACUUCAAGGAAUACCAUGGUAAACUUCCCAAGCAGUCUCGGGUACAGCUUACAGCAUUAAUUCUGCUCUAUUGUCUCUCCUCAGCUCGUACUGGGGAGUUCAUGGCUAACUGUAAGGCAUUAGGCGCAGAUGCAUUUGGGAAAGAGUUUGCUGUGCUUGGAUCACAGUGUGGAUUUGAACAGAAUAUCACUGUUCAUGCAUGCCGUCGGUGGGCACUUAUGGAGACAGCCAAAGCCGAGUUUGAGUUUCAGGACUGUGAAGAUAUCCUUGCCCUUGAUAAGGAGCUUGCAGAACUAAGUACUCAACUCGAAAACACUGACAGCGCAGAAAGCAUGCGUGAGAUCCAAUUACAGCAACAGCGAAUUCAAGGCCAGAAGGACAAGUUGUAUCUCGGAGAGCCUAAAAGACAAUAUCAACUUCAACCAGAUAAUCAAAGCAGAAGCAUCCAUGAACAUAUGCUCUUUUACUAUUAUCAACAAGUUAUGCCGGAGCGGGACCUCCUUGCUGAUAUUCUGCCAGCCAGGCAACGAUACAGAGCUUGGUUGAACUGGAUGCUAUCAAAGCAUUAG